AUGUCGCAAACUGCGCGCGCUUCCGUCGCUGAAUUUCGACCUAUGCUCUCGCCUCCCGUCCGAGUAUCGCUCCGUACUCUCCAGUCAUUCUGCCGCCCUCAAUGCCAGCCAAGUCCAACGACACGCGGCCUACCACCCCAAUGCCUCACGCAACGCCGCAACCUCCAACUCUACAAGACAGCGACAGCAGAAACAGUCCUUGGAAUGCACAAAGUGCUCCCCUUCACACAGUACAGCCUACCUCCUCUGAAUCCUUCGACACAUUUGGUCAAUCUUGCCAAAGGCGGAGAAAUGCUUGCGCAAAUAUCUCUGCAAGACGUUUACGAAAAUCAUGUCAUGCCAGGGCAGUUGCUGUAUCUUGAUGAAGAGAUAAAUAAAAGGAAGGCUGAGAGCUUAGAGGUAAAAAACGACGUGGCACUUGGGAAGCAUAGAACGUUUGGCAUCUUCGAAGCUGAAUCUAUCCCGGGGAACAAGAAGGAUGCCCGCCAGGGAAAGGGCAUAGGAGCUCUGAGAGUGACUCCGAUAAUGUUAUCGAGCCCUGCACAUUACUUCAAGCACGCCAUAGACCGCUCGUAUCAAUUCAUCAAGCAUGGUUCUCCUGUUGAGUUCACCAUGCGCUUCAGAGGUUGCGCAUGCAAAGAAGGAAGAGAAACUCCUGCCUGUCGGUCACGAAUUAUGGCACUGGAUACAUGA